AUGCACAUCAUAGAAUGGGCAAAAGUUUUUAAAGAACUGAGAAAUCGCGGUUAUCUAGAACCAGGUGUUACUCAGGAUGAAAAUCAAUUUAUGGAGAUAUCUAACAGUAUAUUAACCGGAGAAACAGGCGAGCUUGUGCCAUAUGAUGAAGUUGAUAAAGACAAGAAAAUUUGUACUAUAGAUAUAUCCAAUAUGAAUGAGGGGUAUUAUACGGCUGGUUGCGAUGAUAAAGUAAGACCAGUGGAUGAGCGUAAUUUCCAAGGGUUCACAUACUACAUUUAUUACACAGAUGUAGAUAAUGUUUACAGGUUUGUGAACGGGGAAAGUGCUCCAAUUGGCCUUCCACUCGUAAAGAACGUGGAAAAGAUUUUCGUUUACUUUUAUCCGUCUGAAUUUGGAGUAUCCUCACUUAUGCAGAUAUCCAAGAAACGCAAGAUUUGGUAUAUCAGAAAUAGUCAGAGUAACACUUGGGAAAGGGUAUUUGAUCCACGAGAUAAGCCCUAUGACAACCGUGAUUGGACAAAGAUUAUACGACUUUUAGAACGCACUUAUAUACCGGCCAACGUACUAGAUGUUUCACUUUUUGAAGAGUAUAGGCAUUCUAGGAUCCAUCCAGCGUUUUCAAUUGAAAUUUCUAGGGUAUUUACUUCAAACUACUACUCAUUUACGCAUAAAAAGAAAGAAGGAGGCCUUUUCAAGGUUACUAAAGUUGUAUAUAAAGGAUCAGCACUAGAAGGGAUCCCACCCUCUGAUGACCUGAAGAGUCUAUCUCUCUACUUUUUUGGAAGAAUACCCCUAGAGAGUGCUCUGCUUUUAGUUGAAAUGAUAUCGCAUAAUGAUAAAUGCACUUACUUUCAUAGGAAGAAUGCUGCACAAACAUGGAGUCCCGUAUUUCCAGCACCAUUAACCGAAAGAUUGGACACAAGUCGUAUUACAAACCAGCUUGAUGAAUUAAAAGAGAAGCGUUUCAACGGAAUAGAGAAAUAUUUCGAACACCACACAAGUGCAACUCGAAGCGAAGUUAUAAACGAAUGUUUAAAAUCUCUGGCUAUCGGAAUAUUUGCUGGGAUCGUACUUGCGCUUAUUUUAUACGAAAUAUCAGCUGUAAUACAUAGUCCAAGGACAAGUUUAAUCAGAGGCUUUGCUCGUCUUGUCUCAAGGUGCAUAGGACGCAUUUUCCCCUCCAUUGUUCGUUCACGCAAGGGCUACAAGAAAGUUUCCAUAGAAUAACGUUGGUUUCCCUAAUUUGAACGGAAGUUCUGAUUCACAGGUUCCAUUGCUGAUUUUUUAUGCGUCAAUACUAACAGUGGAAGGCACCGGAGAGGAGCCAAAAUUUGAAAAAGAUCAACUAAUCGGGACAAAAAUUUCUCAAUAUAAUAUCACAAAGUGUUUGUUUUUAUGGUAACAAUUUCUAGUGGAUUUUGCAUCAUACUCUUUGAGUAUAAGUGGUACUACGGUAGCCCUGAUUUUCUCUUGAUAAAGCGCACUCUAGACUUUAUGGGCCCUAAUUCUGUAUGUUACAGAGUUAUAAUUUGUGUGUCUAAUCUUAUUUUAUAGAGUAGCCACUUGUACAUGUUUGCAUGCAGAUGUUUUUUGUGGGCCACAUUUUCCAAAUGGACUGGAAAUUUACUUGUUCUCUAACUAAUACUCAUGUAAAUCAUUUCUUUUGAUA